GAAACGGCGCGACAGGCCUCCCAAAAGUAACUUUGCACCAAGAAACCAACAAAGUUAGGAGAAGUUAUAGUGUGUAUACAAAUAAUCUAUAAAUUUAAUAUGAUCCCAAGCACAAAAAUUAGUUCUGUCUUUGAAAAGCAGCUACAGGAAAUCGCCGAUGAGUUGCGCAACCCAUUCAAUGGACAGACUGAUGUCGACUUUAAAAAUAUUCUCGAUUUUGUGUCGAAAAUGUGGGAGGACGAUGAAACCCUGAAGGACACUUGCCUAAUCAAGCCAAUAGUCUUUGGCUGUGGCGGGCACGGCAUUCGGCUGCAUAAUGACAACAAGUACGAUGUCAUGAUGGAAAUGAAAUUCCGCUAUUAUGACGCAAUUACCGUGAAAAAGGACCAGGACCGUCCGGGGAUCUAUCACUUGAACUUCCAGGAUCUGCCCUGCAACAAAUACAUGACAGACAAAAUGCUGAGCGAUGGAUCCGAUCUGAAACGCGAGGAUGUCCAUGCUUGGGCCCAGGCCAUACUCGAAAAUGCCCAUGGCUCCACUGUCAGGGGCAGGCGUGAGAUCUACUUGCUGCGCUACAAGAGACGCAACAACAGCCACACCAUUCAUGCCGUAUCAAGCACCCGGGAGUUUUACAUUGAUUUCGCCCCAGCCGUAAAACUUGUGGUUGAUGAAUCUUCGGCACAAGCUCUACCGAAGGCCUGGCCUGGCCCAAAGAGAUCCAAGGCCACCACGUUCAUGCUGAUCGCCGCUGACUUCGAGCUGUCGGUCCUGAAUCAAGUUGGCAAAGCCACAAAAGAUGCCCUCCUCCUGAUGCAGGCUCUGUGCAUUGUGAAGAACUUGCCGAAGAUUCGGAACUAUCACCACGUUACCUUGGCGCUUCUCCUCCACGACUGGAAAAAGAUUGACCCACAAUCGUCGUUGGCAACAGUUUUCCUUUCUUUGCUUCUCAACCUGUGGGAUGGCAUAAGAAAGGAAGACCUUUGCUACUUCUGCGACGCAGAUCUAAGUCUGAUAAGCAAUUUCAGCAAGACCGAGCUGGCCGAAUAUGCGACUGUUCUGAAGAGUUCCAUGGAGACUCUCACCUCUAUUUCGCUUCGCAAAAAACUCGACGAGGGAAGUUGCCGCAGGUUUUUUUUCAAAUAAUCGAAUCGAUUUAGUUUCAUUUAGUUAAGAUACACCGUGUAGUCAUUUUCUGUGCUGUGAUAAACAGAAGAAUUACCCAAUGAUCGGACGAGGAGACCACCAUGGGUACUCGGAUUUGGAUCUAUGUAAUAUGUUACCUUAAAUAGACUCUUGUCUCGACUCAA